AUGCUCGCGGCCUCUAUCUUCCGUCCGACCCUGCUGCUCUGCUGGCUCGCUGCCCCGCGGCCAGCCCGGCCUGAGACUCUCUUUCACAGCCGGGACCGCUCGGACCUGGCGCCGUCCCCGCUGCGCCGGGCCACGCCCAUCGCCGACCUCCGCGCCGCCCAGCGGUUCCUGUCCAAAUACGGCUGGGCAGAGGGGCCCCCGGGGGCGGGGUUCGCGGCCCCAGUGCCCCAGGGUUCCCGCCGCGACCGGUCAUCGGAGGGUCCCCGGGGCGCCACCCUGGCCGAGGCCCUGCGCAGGUUCCAGAAGGUCAAUGCGCUGCCAGCCAGCGGGAAGCUGGACGUGGCCACGCUAGCAGCCAUGAACCGACCUCGCUGCGGCGUCCCCGACGCGCGGCCCCAGCUGCCGGCCACAAGCACAGAGCCCCGGACCCCGCCGACCCCGCUGCCGGCCCCGCACCCCCGGGCCCGCCCGAAGCGCUUCUUGCAGACGCUGCUCCCAGGGCCAGGCCAGGAACCCAAGAGUACCCCUCAGAUUGGGGGCACCCUGGCCUUUGCCAAAAGGACCCUGACCUGGAGGCUGGUGGGGGAAGGCUACAGCAGCCAGCUCUCCGUGGAGGAGCAGCGGCACAUCUUCCGCCUGGCCUUCAGGAUGUGGAGCGAGGUGAUGCCCCUGAAUUUCCGCGAGGACCUCACCGCCCCUGCGGCCACCAUCGACAUAAAGCUGGGUUUCGGGCGAGGCCGGCACCUGGGCUGCCCUCGGGUGUUUGAUGGGAGCGGGCAGGAGUUUGCACACGCCUGGCGCCUGGGCGACAUUCACUUUGAUGAUGACGAGCACUUCACACCGCCCACCAGUGACAUGGGCAUCAGCCUCCUCAAGGUGGCCGUCCACGAAAUCGGCCACGUCCUCGGCUUGCCGCACAGCUACAGGACAGGAUCCAUAAUGCAGCCGAAUUACACUCCCCAGGGGCCCGCCUUUGAGCUGGACUGGUCAGACAGAAAAGCCAUUCAAAAGCUGUAUGGUUCCUGUGAAGGCGCAUUUGAUACCGCAUUUGACUGGAUUCGCAAAGAGAGGGACCCCCACGGAGAAGUGACAUUGAGGUUUAGCACGUAUUUCUUCCGCCGCAGCUGGUACUGGCUUUAUGAAAAUCGAAACAACCGGACCCGUUACGGGGACCCCGUCCUCAUCCUCACUGGCUGGCAUGGAGUCCCGGCGCACAGCAUAGACGCUUUUGUCCACAUCUGGACGUGGAGAAGAGACGAGCGUUAUUUUUUUAAAGGGACUCAAUACUGGAGAUACGACAGCGACCGGGACCAGGCCCACACGGAAGAUGAACAAGGGAAAAGCUACCCCAGACCGAUUUCAGAAGGGUUUCCGGGCAUCCCCAGCCCUCUGGACACCGCCUUUUACGACCGACGGAAGCAGCUGAUUUACUUCUUCAAAGAGUCCCUCGUGUUUGCGUUCGAUAUCAAUAGGAAUCGAGUCCUUGGUUCUUACCCCAAGAAAAUGGCCGAGGCCUUUCCGGCGGUGGAGCCCCAGAACCACCCGCUCCGGAACCUGGACGCGGCUUACUACUCCUACGCGCACAAGUCCGUCUUCCUGUUCAAAGGCAACGCGUACUGGAAAGUGGCGGAUGACAGGGACCGGAAGCAGCACGCGUGGCUCCCUGCCAAUGGCCUGUUCCCCAAGCAGCCCAUCUCCGAGAGGUGGUUUGAUGUGUGCGACGUCCACACCUCCGCGCUGGACAUGUCAUGA